AAUCCAUUAAGGUAGUGGAUUUAUCUAGGGUUUCCAACUCCCCAAAACCCCAUCUUCCAUUUCUACUCUCUGAGAGCCCAACUUUUCUCCAAAUUCCCAUCUUGUCCUUUCAUAUUCAGCUCUUGAAACUUCACUGGGCAUCACCCAAUUCUCGAUCUUCAAAGUAAAGCUAAAAGUUUUAAGCUUUGUAAUUUGUAAGUACGUCCUUUACUCUCUCUAUCUCUUUUUUUCUUCCAUCUUUUUGUUCAUAAAGGUAAAAAAAUUUCCUUCAAAACAAUUGAAAGAUUGUUUGUUUAAUCUUAUUUUUAUUGGAUAGAAGGUUAUAUUGUGAGAUAUAAUUGAGGGGUUGUUUGAGAGAAUAUAAAGUUUAUUGUGUUAUAUGGGGAAGUCUGGAGGGAGAAGGAAGAAGGGCGGUUCAAACUCAAACCAAGUUUCAGUUGAUAAUUCAAAUGCAAAUGCUAACGGUGGUGUUGAUUUGGACUCUUCAAUAUUUUUGAAGAGGGCCCAUGAGCUUAAAGAGGAAGGUAACAAGAGGUUUCAAAGUAAGGAUUAUGUGGGUGCUCUUGAACAAUAUGAUAAUGCUCUUAGGCUUACUCCAAAAAACCACCCUGACCGGGCUGUGUUUCAUAGCAAUAGGGCUGCUUGUUUGAUGCAAAUGAAACCUAUAGAUUAUGAGACUGUGAUUGCUGAGUGUACUAUGGCACUUCAGGUUCAGCCUAGGUUUGUUCGAGCUCUUCUUAGGAGGGCUAGGGCUUUGGAGGCCGUAGGGAAGUAUGAAAUGGCGAUGCAGGAUGUUCAGGUGUUGUUAGGGGCUGACCCAAAUCACCGGGAUGCUUUAGAGAUUGGUCGACGAUUAAGGACUGCAUUGGGACCUCGCCAGGAGGCUCAGCAGGACCUCCAGAGCCGCCCAUCCCCUGCUGCUCUUGGAGCUUCUGCUGUUCGUGGUGCACCAAUUGCUGGCCUUGGGCCUUGUUUACCUGCUCGUCCAGUUGCAAAGAAGGCUGCAGCUUCACCGGCGUCAGUUGUAUCUCUUACUAAUAAGCUGGAGAAGCCCCAAAUCAAUUUGGCUACUGAAAAUGGUUCUGAGACCAAAGUCCAAAUGCCAAAGCUUGUGUUGAAGCCGUCAAAUGGUUCUUCAAAAGCUUCUGGCAAUCCAGGUAGGGAUAGCCAUAGAGAGCAGUCUCUAUCUUCAUCUGUGCAAUUGCGUACCCGUGGACAGGCGUUGGAGGCCACAAUUAGGUGGAGGCCAUUGAAGCUUGUUUAUGAUCAUGACAUAAGACUUGCCCAGAUGCCAGUGAAUUGCAGUUUCAAAGUGUUAAGAGAGAUUGUGAGCAAGCGUUUUCCUUCAUCGAACUCCGUUUUGGUCAAGUACAAGGAUAAUGAUGGAGACUUGGUAACUAUUACCUGUACAGGGGAACUCAGGCUGGCAGAGGCCUCUGUAGACAGUCUUAUGACAAAAGAGCCAGAAACUGACAUAUCUGAAUCAUUUGGGAUGUUGAGAUUGCAUAUUGUGGAGGUAAGUCCAGAGCAAGAGCCACCUUUGCUGGAAGAAGAGGAGGAUAAACCUCUAGAGAGUGAGGGAACUAAGGGAGAUGAAGGUGGGUCUCAUUCGUCUCUUGGUGAGUCUGUUCUUGAAGCUGCUGAUACUGAGAUUGACAAGGCAGUGAUAGAAGCUCCCAAGGAGAAAUCAGGAGUUUCAGAAGAUCCUGAGAACAAGGAAGUGGAGAUGGAUGAUUGGUUGUUUGAGUUUGCUCAACUGUUCCGCACCCAUGUUGGUAUUGACCCUGAUGCUCAUAUUGAUUUGCAUGAGCUUGGCAUGGAGCUAUGCUCAGAGGCUCUUGAGGAGACAGUUACCAGUGAAGAAGCUCAAAGCCUAUUUGACAAGGCUGCCUUAAAGUUUCAGGAGGUGGCUGCUUUGGCUUUCUUCAAUUGGGGAAAUGUUCAUAUGUGUGCGGCAAGGAAACGAAUCCCCUUAGAUGAGUCUGCUGGAAAGGAUGUUGUGACAGCACAACUUCAAACGGCUUAUGACUGGGUUAAGGAAAAAUAUUCUUUGGCCAAAGAGAAGUAUGAGGAGGCACUUUUGAUCAAACCUGACUUUUAUGAGGGUCUCCUGGCAUUGGGCCAACAGCAAUUUGAAAUGGCCAAACUUCAUUGGUCUUUUGCACUUGCUAAGAAAAUCGAUCUUUCGGGGUGGGAUGCUGCUGAGACACUUCAACUUUUUGAUAGUGCAGAGGAGAAGAUGAAAGCUGCAACUGAAAUGUGGGAGAAGCUAGAGGAGCAGAGAGCCCUUGAGCUAAAAGAUCCAAAUGCAAGCAAGAAGGAUGAAUUUUCAAAGAGGAGGAAGAAACAAGGAAGUGGUCCUGAUGGAGAGCCCUCAGGAAGCGGUGGUCAGAACGAGCUUUCAGCUGAUGAAGCUGCAGAACAAGCUGCUGUUAUGAGAUCACAGAUACACCUUUUCUGGGGUAACAUGCUUUUUGAACGAUCCCAAGUUGAAUGCAAAUUAGGGAUGGGUGGUUGGAAGAAAAAUCUUGAUGCAGCUGUUGAUCGCUUCAAACUUGCUGGAGCUUCAGAGACUGACAUUUCCAUGGUUCUGAAGAAUCAUUUCUCCAAUGGAGAUGCAAUAGAGGGAGAUGAAAAGAAGAAACAGAAUGGAUGUUCUGGUGGUACUGAUGAAGCUGAUAACAAAAAUGUGGCCAGUCGAGUAUCACAGAAUUAAUGUCCGCAUAUUUAAUGUCCACAGCGGCUUCAAUGGAUAUUAACAUGCAUCCACAAAUCACAAGCAGGUGCUUGGAAACGAAAUUGCAUUUUGCCUCAACUAAGGAUGGCUUGCCUUCAGGAAUUGAAAAAUUUUCGGUGCCAAUAUUAAGAAGUGUGUAAUCAAAAGAUUUUAGAUUUAGGGUCUCCCAGUUUAUCUUCAGGGUGACAGUCUGCGAAAUUGUUUGCAAUACUGAUGAGUUUCUUAUAAACAGUUUUAUGUACUUUAGGUUCUGAUUUUUGGCUUUGCAGCCCCAUAUUUGUUUUAAUGCGAUUUAUAACUGUCAUGCUUGAUGUUUUAAAGGGUAUGGCAUAUUCAUUGUUAA